CGCCCUCAUUCACGUCAUAGGGAGGUGUAGCUUGAGAGAUGGCCGCCGGUAGCGGGGAGAGUUUCACUUCCUGCGUUUGUAAAGGUAUUCGACGGUGUCUGAUAUGCGAAAGCGUCAAAGGAAAGCGACGAAUAGAGACGGAGGAACACAAGGUGGUUCAUCACUUUAUCUAUGAUCCUGUGACAAGGACUGCCAUUCGUGAGGAUGCAGAGCCUUCCUCGUUUCCCUUCCCUGGUGUCUUUCUGUGGGAGAACUUCAUAUCAGAAGAGGAAGAGAUGGAGCUAAUCAGCACAAUGGACCAGGAUUUGUGGAUUCAGUCCCAGUCUGGUCGAAGAAAACAGGACUUUGGCCCGAAAGUGAAUUUCAAGAAGAGAAAGGUCCAUGUGGGGAGCUUCCACGGGCUGCCAGCUUGGAGCCAAAAACUAGUCCUACGGAUGCAGGCGGAGGUACCUUUAGCGGGCUUCCAACCAGUGGAGCAGUGCAAUCUGGAUUACAAUCCUCAACUUGGCUCUGCCAUCGAUCCUCACCUGGAUGACUCAUGGCUGUGGGGGGAACGUCUGGUCUCCAUCAACCUGCUAUCAGACACUAUACUUUCUAUGUCCCUGGAACAGGGUCUUCCAGAGGCGGGACUAGAAGAGGGGGUCCAUGUCGCUGUGCACCUUCCUCGUAGAGCUUUAGUCAUGUUAUGUUGUGAGGCGCGGCAUCGAUGGAAACAUGCUAUUCACAGGAAGGACAUCCACGAGCGCAGAGUUUGCAGCACCUUCAGAGAGCUUUCUGCAGAGUUCCUGCCUGGAGGUGCACACGCACAGCUGGGAGUUCAGCUGCUGGACAUUGCUUUGAGUUUCCAGGGAAGUUCAGUGUAGACUCAGGAGGAGUCAGAGCAGUGCUGUGUGAGUUUUAUUUCCAAAAUUUUUCAUCUUCUGCCAGAUGUCACAAACAUAUCCUGGAGUUUGAGGUUUGAGUGAACAUGUGCCUUUUAAAUUAAAUGAGUAAGCUGAUGUGCUGCAAGAUAAUUGGCUGUAGCUUCAUUUUAUAUCUCCAGUUUGAUUCUGUUGUGUCUUAUUGCUGCUGUGCCAGUCAUGCAUUAGACUCACAUCAGAGGAACAUGAGUCUGGCUGCACAUCGAUGAGCUUUGAUAGUUCAGUCAUGGGACUGAUGUUUGAUCUGGACAUUGCUGUUCUAGCUUUUCACAUAUUUUAAUCUGAUCAAAUAUUGGGGAAAGUCAUCUGGGGAGAAAGUAGUUUAAAUAAAUGGGGAUCAAUAGGUUUGACUUUACAUUAGUGUCUGUGGUGUUGCAGUCAGUAGGGAACAGGUGUGUAACCUGUUAGUGGAAGCACGACAAACAAAUUCUCAACUUUAAUAAAUCACGGUCACUUGGGUUAUUAAAAUGCAGAAUGAAAUGCAGUUCCCAAGUCACCAGUUUCCACAACCCUACUCAACACCAUGUAUGCUUAAAUUAAAUCAUUAAUAAAAGGUCCCUGUGGCUUUAUUUUUCAGGAAGACUGAAGCUCUGAAGUAAAAGCCAGUUUUGACAUAGUACAGGCCAAUAUUUUACUUUAUUGACAUCAGUGGUCCAAAUUAGGUUUUCUAAGCACAGGUUGAACAUGUUUAAUGAGAGGCAUCAGAGAGCAGUUACACACCACAAUGUAAAUGUACAUCUGUAAUGUGUUCAGACUGGCACCCUGUCCAAGGUGUACCCCCUCACAUCUUCUGACUGCUGGGAUAGGAUCCAGGCCCCAUAUCACCCUUGAUUGGAGUCAGUGGGUAGAGAAAAUGAAAGCAAUAGUGUUUUUGAGUUUAUGUGACUUCAUUAAGUUAUUCCUACCAAUCAAUCACAAAUAUUUUACUGAUCUACUUUAGAUCAUCUGAGAGGGAUGGUGGCCAAGCAGUUAAGUGUGCGUCUUUCCAGAGUGGAACGUUUCUGGUUCAUGCCACCCUUGCCCAAUUUCUAAGUAAUGUAGAGUUGCAUCUGGUGUAAAACCUGUGCCAAAACAACAUGCAGAUCUACCUGUGCUGUGGAAACCCCGAGUGAAACCAAGGAGAAGCCAGUGGGAGUUACUGCUGUCAGUCAUCCAUCUCAGCUUCUUUCGUUUUCUCUCACUCAUCUUCAACCGCUUAUCCAGGGUCAGGUUGUGGGGGCAACAGUUCUAGCAGGGCACCUCAGACUUCCCUUUUCUGGGCCACAUUGACCACCUCUGACUGGGA